GUUGCCUCUGAGCUCCCUGCUGUGUAGCCAGAGGGGGUGCGCGUUCCUGGUGGGGCCGAGGCUGCCCUCCCUGGGGGGCACUCCCACCCGUGCCGUUGGGCGGCCGGGCCACCGUGCUGCAGGGAUGCGCCCAGUUGCCCCCUCCACCAGCCUGCAGACCGGGCCACCUGGUGUGACAAGUCCCUAAGUCACUUUGACUCUAAAGUCAGGUGCCUCAGUCUGCUGACCAGGCUCCUGGGCAGUCCCCUCGGAUGACAGAUCACGAGCCCCAGUGGCUCACAGUUGGCCUAAAGUGGCCAGUCCUGGGAACCUGCCUUCUGGAGGAGAAGCUGGCCAGGCGGACUGCCCCAGAGGGCCCCACUCCCUGCUGCUGGGGACCAGGAGGGGCCCCCUCCCCCCCUCUCGGAAUAAUUGCCUGUGGAACACGUUCUCGGAAUAGCCGGACAAAAGGCACAAGUUAACAAAUACGUUUCCUUGUCCUGGGGCAGCACCCGAGCCCUUUGCACCCGUGUCCUCAUGCUGCCCAGCUGAAGCCACGCUAGUCCCGGCCUGGCCCGCACAGCCCCUUCCCCGUGUCCCGACUCCUCCCACCUGCAGCUGCCCAACCCCCCCCCCCCCACCUCUCCCCACCCCUCUCCAGCCUGUCGUCCACUCUGCGUCCCAAAAGGUUUGGGUCUGGUGGACAGGCAGGCUUGGUGACAGCAGCAGGCAUGAUGUCAGGGGGGCCGUGGCCUGUGUCAGAAACACCGGCUCCCGGGCAGCACAGGGCCCGCUGGGGCCCGGUCUGAGGGGCUGUUGGCCUGACAGGGCUCUGGCUGUCCCCUGGCUCCUGAAUGGGCCCCCGUCACUGGAGGUGGUUGUGCAGCAGAGCCUGAACAUCCUCCGUGAGCAGUGACUCCGCAGGCGGCCAAACUCAGAGGCACAGUCUUCAGGCCUUGUCCAUGGUGGCCUUCCCACUUAGUAACCUUCUCUGACUACCGAAGUCCUACAUGGUCACAGGAAACGGUAGUGGCUGUGUUUUCUAUUGCCACCUACCUCUGCUCUGUUUUCUCCCCCUCCCCGGCUCUCUGAUCUGUCCCUUCCCUUGUCCGUCGGUUGGUCUCUGUCUCUGCUUGGCUUUGCUCCAGGGUCUUUGCCUGGCCCAUUUCUGGGGCCAGAAAGCCCAGCGUUUCCUUUUCCUUAGGGAAGCCCUCAAGGCUGGGCUGGAGCCCCACUUCCCGCUUCCCGUGGGCCACCUGAGCCUCUGGUCUUCCCGUCCCAGGACUUGUGCUGAACGUGGGGAUCCUACCCCAAGGGCAGGAUCACCUACGUUGCUCCGGGUCCCCGCCCCCAGUGGGCCUUUGGUGACAAGAGUCAGCCACACCCACCUGUGUCCCAGAAGUCCCAUGCCCGGUCCCCUACAAACUCCUGUUGAGCUGGGGCUGGGGGGCAGGCGGGCCGUGGAGACCAAGCAUGCCCAUUUCUCUGAGGGUAAACCAAGCCCUUGUGAAGAAAUGAGCCAGAAUGCAGGGCAGUGGGCCCCCAGCCAAGCCGAAGGCCUUGCGGCCGUCUACCCAGUACCACCUGCGUCUGCUCCCAGGUAGGCAGUGACCUGCACAGGUGCGCUGUGGGCACCAGGGCAUUCGGAGCAGCCAGCCCUGGGAAAGACAGACUGUCCCUGCACCCGUGUGCGUGCGUGUGUGUGUGUGUGUGUGUGCACGCGCGCGCGCGUGUGUGUCCCCUACUGUGUGACCUUGGCCCAGCCUGAGGCUGGCUGGAAACAACAGCUGUCUCAGCCCCAGGUACGCUGCAUGGAGUGUGGCCAGCCUGGAGGGAGGGCCAGAGGUAGGAGGAGGGAGAGGGGCCCUCUGCGGGCAGCUGGCAACUCGGAGGCUGGCUCCAGCCCCAUAAAUACGCAAGGGGCCAAACCAGGGCCACGCAGAGGCGGGCACACACCAUGGGGCGCCUGGAGCUGGUCGUCUUGGGCCUCGCCUGCUGCCUAGCAGCAGCGAGUGCGGCCAAGCUGGGCGCCGUGUACACGGAAGGAGGCUUUGUGGAAGGCGUCAACAAGAAGCUCAGCCUCUUUGGCAACUAUGUGGACAUCUUCAGAGGCAUCCCCUUCGCCGCCGUCCCCAGGCCCCUGGAGAACCCGGAGCGGCACCCCGGCUGGCAAGGAACCCUGAAGGCCAAGGACUUCAAGAAGCGUUGUCUGCAGGCCACCAUCACCCAGGACAACACCUACGGGGCGGAGGACUGCCUCUACCUCAACAUCUGGGUCCCCCAGGGCAAGAAGGAAGUCUCCAGGAACCUGCCCGUCAUGAUCUGGAUCUACGGGGGCGCCUUCCUCAUGGGGGCCGGCCACGGGGCCAACUUCCUCAGCAACUACCUGUACGACGGGGAGGAGAUCGCCACUCGGGGCAACGUCAUCGUGGUCACCUUCAACUAUCGCGUCGGCCCCCUGGGCUUCCUCAGCACCGGGGACGCCAACCUGCCAGGUAAUUAUGGCCUCCGGGAUCAGCACAUGGCCAUCGCCUGGGUGAAAAGGAACAUCGCAGCCUUCGGAGGGGACCCCGACAACAUCACCAUCUUUGGAGAGUCAGCUGGAGGUGCUAGCGUUUCCCUGCAGACCCUCUCUCCUUACAACAAGGGCCUCAUCCGGCGAGCCAUCAGCCAGAGUGGAGUGGCACUAUGCCCCUGGGUCAUCCAGAAGAACCCCCUCUUCUGGGCCAAAAGGAUCGCCGAGAAGGUGGGCUGCCCGUUGGACGACACCGCCAGGAUGGCCAGAUGUCUGAAGGUCACCGACCCCCACGCCCUGACGCUGGCCUAUAAGAUGCCCCUGGCAGGCAUGCAGUAUCCCAUGUUGCAUUACCUGGGCUUUCUCCCCGUCGUCGACGGCGACUUCCUCCCCGAUGACCCCGUCAACCUGUACGUCAACACGGCCGACAUCGACUACCUAGCAGGUACCAACAACAUGGACGGCCACGUCUUUGCCAGCAUCGACAUGCCAGCCAUCAACAAGCAGAAACAGGAGGUCACCGACGAGGAUUUCUACAAGCUGGUCAGCGGGCUCACCAUCACCAAGGGGCUCAGGGGAGCCAACACCACCUUUGACAUCUACACCGAGCCCUGGGCCCUCGACGCGUCCCAGGAGACCAGGAAGAAGACCGUGGUGGACUUCGAGACAGACAUCCUCUUCCUGGUGCCCACCAAGAUUGCCCUGGCCCAGCACAGAGCCAAUGCCAAGAGCGCCAAAACCUACACCUACCUGUUUUCGCACCCCUCUCGGAUGCCCACCUACCCCAAGUGGGUAGGGGCUGACCACGCCGAUGACAUCCAGUACGUCUUUGGGAAGCCCUUUGCCACGCCCCUGGGCUACCGGUCCCAGGACAGGACCGUCUCCAAGGCCAUGAUCGCCUACUGGACCAACUUUGCCAGAAGCGGGAACCCCAACAUGGGCCACUCAGCUGUGCCCACACACUGGGACCCCUACACUGUGGAAAGUGACAACUACCUGGAGAUCAACAGGAAGAUUGAUGGCAGCUCCAUGAAGCAGCACCUGAGGACGAAUUACCUGCGCUACUGGACCCUGACCUACCAGGCGCUGCCCACGAUGACCGGAGACGGGGCCCCCCCGGCACCCCCCUCCGGGGACUCGGAUGCCGCCCCCGCGCCCCCUUCGGGCGACUCUGACACCGCCCCCGCGCCCCCCUCCGGGGACUCCGAUGCGGCCCCCGCGCCCCCCUCCGGGGACUCGGAUGCGGCCCCCGCGCCCCCCUCCGGGGACUCUGAUGCCGCCCCCGCGCCCCCUUCGGGCGACUCUGACACCGCCCCCGCGCCCCCCUCCGGGGACUCCGAUGCCGCCCCCGCGCCCCCCUCCGGGGACUCUGAAGGGGUUCAAAUGCCUGCAGUCACUGGCUUCUAAUGUCUUCGGCCCCGAGAAGCCGUAGGGUGAGACCCCGGCGGCCCACUCCCCUCCAGAGCUCUUCCUGAAUAAAGCC